GGGCGUGGCUUGGCGAUGGGUUGCGUAGCAGCAGAGCUGUGAGACCGGUGGUGGCGUCAGCUCCUGUCAGGGGGGGAAGGAGAGACGGAGCGUCCGGGGUCCGUAGCCUCCCUGCCCCGGGAGAGGCCGCGUCCACUCCACUGGGGUCGGGGUUGGGCACGUGCUUAGUGUCGGUGAUGAGCGAUGGGGUAUGAUGUAACACGCUUCCAGGGUGAUGUGGAUGAAGAUCUUAUCUGCCCCAUAUGCAGUGGGGUUUUGGAGGAGCCAGUUCAAGCUCCUCAUUGUGAACACGCCUUUUGCAAUGCCUGCAUCACACAGUGGUUCUCCCAGCAGCAGACCUGUCCUGUGGACCGCAGUGUUGUAACAGUAGCCCAUCUCCGUCCAGUCCCCCGCAUCAUGCGGAAUAUGCUUUCCAAGUUACAGAUUACAUGUGACAACGCGGUUUUUGGCUGUACCACAAUUGUGCGACUUGAUAACCUCAUGUCUCAUCUUAACGACUGUGAACAUAAUCCAAAGCGACCAGUAACAUGUGAGCAGGGAUGUGGCCUAGAAAUGCCCAAAGAUGAAUUACCAAACCACAACUGCAUAAAGCACCUCCGUUCUGUGGUUCAGCAGCAACAAACCCGUAUAGGGGAACUAGAAAAGGCAUCAGCUGAAAACAAGCAUCAGCUUUCUGAACAGAAACGGGAUAUCCAGCUGCUAAAGGCAUAUAUGAGGGCAAUCCGCAGUGCCAAUCCUAAUCUUCAGAACUUGGAGGAAACCAUAGAAUAUAAUGAAAUUCUUGAAUGGGUAAAUUCUUUGCAACCUGCACGUGUGACCCGCUGGGGUGGAAUGAUCUCAACACCGGAUGCUGUGUUACAAGCUGUCAUCAAACGUUCACUAGUAGAAAGUGGCUGCCCAGCAUCUAUAGUUAAUGAGCUCAUAGAGAAUGCCCAUGAGCGCAACUGGCCACAGGGCCUGGCCACACUUGAGACAAGACAAAUGAACCGGAGAUAUUACGAGAACUAUGUGGCAAAGCGGAUUCCAGGAAAGCAGGCUGUUGUGGUGAUGGCCUGUGAGAACCAACAUAUGGGAGAGGACAUGGUGCUGGAGCCUGGCCUGGUUAUGAUCUUUGCUCAUGGUGUGGAGGAAAUAUAAGUGCAACACUCCUUUUUGCUUCUUCAUGUGCUCCAUUUAUUCUAGGAGGCCAAGUGUUACCUGAGAUAGCAUUUCAAAUGCUAAGUCUCCAGACCCUGCUCAUGCCACUGGUGCCUACUAGUUGAGUGCUGGGUGAUUUGCCAUUGUUGUGUUUUUGCUUUUUUUUUAAAAAAGACUCAAACCAAGCUUCGUUAGCUUUUUGUUUCCCCAAUAGUACACUAUGGCCAAGCUCAUAGAACAAGCAAACCCAGUCCAAAGUCAUGUCAAUUUCCUUCCUUCUGCUUCAUGUUGGCUGGAUGUGCUAUUACUAGUUCCUCAGGAGGAGGAGGCAAACAUCAAGAACUUGGCAAAAACUGAAAGACUUAACAGAAGACACUACAAAGAAGGGGCAUUGUGUAAGAUGUAUGGGCAUUUGUAAGUCAGGGGUGCUGAGGCACACUCUCUCAAAUCACUGGUAUCUACAACUUGAAUUUGGACUUGUGCAGACCCACUAGGACCUAAUCUGGCAGGGAUAUUUUGUGCAAGCAGGUUAGAAGAAAAAGUAGAUAUUUUUUUAAUCCCUCUAUUACUUGGCACUAAUGUGAGAUGUUGAGUUUUGUUCUGCUGUGGCCCAUGUCACAAUAAAAUAUGAAUGUGCAGUAGACAAUGCAGCAAUCCUACAACACUCCAAACAUUUGUUGUGUUCAAGCAUUUGUUGUGCUUCAUUUUGAUCAGAGGCAACACUGCAACCUUGCAUAGUCUGCAUUCAGUCUUUGUUGGAUGAAUGGCAAACAAUAUAGCUGUGGACAUGGAUCAGAGUGCGUUUUGAACUUUUUAUUUUUUUCUGCUACGCAAGGGAUCAUGCACUUAUUUGAGGUGCUUGUAUAGAAAUGUAAUAAUUUGUUUUGUUACUUA